AUGGCUCAACAUCACCAAAACCAACAGGCACUUGCCUCGCCACGUAAAUUCAAUAUUACUGAUGGAUUACGGUCAUUCCAUAAAGCAUCCGCUUUCCUGCCGGGCUUUGUUGUUGAUAACUGUAAUGCGCAACUAGAUGACAUUGGAUUCGAGUUUGUUCAACAAUGCAUCGACAUUUUAGAGGAGAGUGGAAUCCACGAGCAGGGCGUAUAUCGAAAUUGUGGAGUGACGUCAAAGGUGCAGAAACUGAUGCAGUUAGGAUUGGAUCGGAGAAAAGCUAGCGAGAAGGGAGGAUUGAAUUUGAAAGAUGAAGAAAUGUGGGAAACGAAGACAAUUAGUAGUGCGGUGAAGACGUUCUUGAGAAAUCUACCGGAACCUCUGAUGACUUUCGAGCUGCACAAUGUUUUUAUAAAUGCUGCGAAAAUGGGUGAUGCUACAAUGCGUAUCGAUCAUAUUCACUUUUAUGUUCAUCAACUACCUGCUCAACAUCAUCGAAUGUUAGAGAUCGUCGUUCGUCAUUUACGGAGAGUCGCUGAUUUAUCAAACGAGAAUCUGAUGACUGUCAGCAAUUUGGGUGUCUGUUUUGGACCAACACUACUCCGACCAAAAGAAGAAACCGUUGCUGCAAUUAUGGAUAUUAAAUUCUGCAAUGUUGUUGUUGAAGUGCUGAUUUCUAAUUAUGACAAAAUUUUCAAAACGAAACCAAAGUCGAGUAUGGGGUCUGCAGUGCCUCCGAAACCAGAUCAUCACACAGCAAACGAUAAUGGACGGCCACUUGCAACACGUUCUUUCGGAUCCGGAUCGAAAAUCGUGCGAAGCACUCAAGUGGUAUCCAGCUCGUAUUCACGUGGAAUGCAGAAACGAGAUGCAAUGUUUCCGACUGAAAUUGCUAGAUAUGGUGCUGGGUUCGAUGUCUCCGAGCUUUCGGACUUUCCAAAUGACAACAAAUCUCCACUGACUUCUCCUACAACAGUUGCACCAUUAGCCAGUGGAAGUAUAGAAGAGAUUGAUGAAAUUUCAAAAAAGGAGAGAAACAGCUCCGAUUCUCUAAACUCGCUGGGCUCUUUAGGGUCGGUUGGUGAUGAAUCAACGGCAACUGUCGUCGCAGCACCAGACGUUUUUGAUAAAGCAAAACCAAAAUACAGUGUAUCCUAUGCGUCGACAUACAAUCGGAUUCCCGCUGACUCAUCCAAACUGACAUCAUCAAUAUCUUGCACUACCGUCGAUUCUACAGGCGUCGUGGAGACGUCAUUCACCUCGUUGACACGGCAGAAUUAUCUACGUGGCACACUCAACUCGUCAUCAAUGGGACCUACAUAUAAGUAUUUGAGCAGGAGAGUGAAAACGCUGUAUGCGUGUACGCCCGAUCAUCAUUCAGAGCUAUCGUUUGAGCCUGGACAGAUUAUAACUAAUGUAUAUGAAUCGAACGAAGAUGGGUGGUUGGUUGGAACACUUAAUGGAAAGACGGGCUUGAUACCAUCUAAUUAUGUGGAGCCAUUGCCAUAG